UGCCCAAAAAGCCUUCAAAGGCUCUCUCGCUCUCUUGCUCUCCCACAAAUAUCCAUGCGCCGAUUUCUCCAGACCGCCGGCGAUCGCUUCCCGGUGGAACCUCCUCCGACGGAUUCUGUCGACUCCGACGUCGUCGUCGUCCUCGCCGCCCUCCUCUGCGCCCUCAUAUGCGUCAUCGGACUCGCCCUCGUCGCCCGCUGCGCCUGGCUCCGGCGAUCCUCCUCCGGCGGCGGCGAACCUCCGCGUCAGAUUCCGGCCGACAAGGGCCUGAAGAAGAAGGCCCUGCGAUCGCUUCCUAAAGUGUCGUUUAACGUAGCCGUUAAUGGGAAACUGGCGGACUGCGCGAUCUGCCUGACGGAGUUUGCUGACGGGGACGAGAUCCGGGUCCUGCCGCAGUGCGGGCACGGGUUCCAUGUGGGAUGCGUGGACGCGUGGCUCGGGUCCCACUCCUCAUGCCCUUCGUGCCGUCAGAUCCUAACCGUCGGGAGGUGUCAGAGUUGCGGUGGUAUUCCGGCGACGGAACGGGAGGUGAAGGCCAGGGAAGAUGAUGGCAACAGAUUCUUGCCCUAGAAGUGGGCCCCACCUCUCUCAAACUCUCUUCGUCUCUGCUCUGCUAACUGAAGAGCCCUACCACAGCUUCUACCCCCAAUCCCACUCGCGCGGCACGCCACACGUAUGAGAAAUAUUGUUCGUCGAUGGGCCCAAUCAGGUGUCAGGUCAGCUCACAUGUGUAUCGAAGCAACCGAGUAUGCCGAUCUGAUGAGCGGUCUGGACCAGUUCUCGGCCAGGGCACCUUUACUCCUGCCCGCGAGUGUCUUCGACCUUCGUGUAAUAUGAAAAUGUAAUUUCCCCUUUAUAAAAGGGUAUUUUUGGUACUA